CUCGCCCUGGCCUUUGUUGAUGCUCCCAGAGCGCUUCCAGCAAUAUCUUUGAACAACCACGCCAGCAUACCAUGACUGGCUGCUCGAAAAUAUUUAGGAAUACUGCGCCACUUGGUAUACUACCGAACUCACGCCCACCUUCAAUUCCAUUUUUCCAAUACCAUUUCCGGCCGCGACAGCCCAAAUCGGGAUAUUUCGCGCGGCGGGGCUCCAUAAUGGCUGAGAACCAUCGCAUCGAGUAUAACUGGAUUAAGGGUGUAGAGAAUCUCGAAAAAUAUCAGCCUGGGGGUUAUCAUCCCAUCAGGAUUGGGGACGUGCUAAAUGACAGAUACCACAUUGCAGAUAAACUUGGCUUUGGGGGCUAUUCGACGGUUUGGCUUGCCCUGGAUACCCAUCUGAAGCGGUAUGUUGCAGUCAAGGUCAGUAUAGCAGACGCGCUUCCGCGCGAGACAAAAGUCCUUAAGUCUCUGUCUUCUCCGUCGUUACCCGCACACCCCGGGCAUGGUUUAGUACCUACUUUCCUAGAUGAAUUCGAAGUGCAAGGUCCUAAUGGAAGACAUACAUGCUACACGGUGACUCCUGCACAAUGCAAUCUCAGGGAGAUCUCCUUUAGCCGCCUUUUCUCCCUCAGAGUUGCUCGAGCGCUGUCAUACGGACUUACACAGGCCGUUGCUUAUACACAUUCUCAAGGCUACGUUCACGGAGAUAUACACCUUGGCAACGUUUUGGUCAAGCUCCCAUCAAGCUUCGAUGAGCUUUCCAUCAAGCAGCUUUAUGACAAGUACGGUGAACCCGAGACAGUCCCCGUCACACGAUGUGACGGGGGGCCAUUACCCCCUAAUGUGCCUGCCAAGGCAGUUGUGCCGCUAUUCUUAGGAAAAUAUGCAGAGGAGUUCUCACUAUCCAACGCGCACCCGCUUCUUAGUGACUUUGGUGAGGCGUUUUCACCCUCUUCAGAAGAUCGUCUUGGGCAAGACUGCCAUACGCCACCCGCUUUUCGAGCUCCAGAAGCCAAAUUCGAAUCGCAAACCCGCCUCGCAUAUCCCUCAGAUAUCUGGAGUCUAGCUACGGCAAUCUGGGAGAUCAUCGGAAUGAAAGCUAUUUUUAGCACUGAUUUCGUGCAUGAGGAUGAGAUAGUGUCUCAACAUAUCGAUGUACUUGGACCUAUUCCUUCAGAGUGGUGGCAGCGUUGGGAUGGACGACCGCGAUUUUUUGAUGAGGAAGGGCAUCCAACAGAAUCCCACAGGGAAAAUAGAUGGCCUCCGCUUCAAGAGUCAUUUGAGGUCGGUGUGCAGAAGUGGAGACGGAAAAUAGGAGACGAGACGGGGGAAAGCGAGAAAGCUGCGUUUCUGCAUUUGAUGCGGCGAAUGCUGUCAUUCCGGCCAAAAGAGCGACUGACAGCUGAAGAGGUGUUAACGUCGGAGUGGAUGGUGAAAUGGGCAUCUGCCGCGCUCAAAAAUCGAGGCGGUCGUGUUAGCGUCCCCACUAAAAUAACACUUAUUCUAUAACAUUACUUACUUACCUUGGUUACGCAGUACUUUAUUCACUAGCUCUAUAAAAUACUCUAUUUUUUUUCCUAAA